AUGCCUCUAUAUGUAAAAUUCCUCAAAGAGCUCAUCAACAAGAAAAGGAGUUGGAAUGAGAAGGAGACGGUAAUUCUAACACAAGAAUGCAGUGCUGUCAUCCAAAGAGGCCUUCCUCCAAAGCUCAAAGAUCCAGGAAGCUUCAUCCUAUCCUGUACUAUAGGUAAUAUAAUAUUGGAUAAAGCUCUCUGUGACUUAGGAGCUAGCAUCAAUUUGAUGUCCCUCUCACUAAUGAAGAAGCUUGCAAUAGAGAAAGUCAAGCCUACCAGGAUGUCACUCCAAAUGGCUGAGAGAUCACACAAGAUACCAAAUGGGGUUGUGGAAAAUUUAUUAGUGAAGAUUGGAGAGUUCAUUUUCCCUGCUGACUUUGUUAUCCUGGACAUGGAAGAAGAGGGACACAGUUCAAUUAUAUUGGGACGUCCUUUCUUAGCAACAGCAAGAGCCAUCAUUGAUGUGGAGAAAGGGGAGAUGACACUCAGGGUGCAUGAUGAAAAGAUGAUCAUCAAUGUCUUCAAAGCCAUGCAAUACCCUCUUGAGAAGCAAAGGCAUAUGAGAGUGGAGAUGAUAGAAGAAGUGGAGGAGGAGCUACUGGAAGAUGACAACCAGGGGGAACAAGAAGAGGAAAUAGAGGUGGAACAAGAGUUCAUAGAAGAGGGAGUGGUGGAGAUCGCCAUUAAAGUCAAGGAAAAGGAGAAGCCAAAAUAA